CGUGGAGCAAACGUUGUGUCGUUCGGACUGUCGAAAGGAAAGAAAUGCGCUCGGCUUGAGUGGUUCCAGUUGCCAAGCCAACGGACGCGGGAAACGCGGGUUAACAGGGUGCUCGUGGCCGUACCGCACGCGGCAAUGCGGUUCGUGGCAUCGCGAAGGCGUCCUCGUCGAUACGGACCCUUCCCUAACAGCACACCAACAGCAGGUCUGCCUGUCAUCUGCCCAACGAAGCUAGCGUACAAUGUGCAAUGAAAUACGGAAGUGAUGCAGCAGUGGGUGUGCAUGUGUGUGGGAGCAUCUAUCGUACGUGUGCAGCUAGUGUGUAUGUGUGUGUGGCUUGGUGUAUGUAAAUUGUGCAAGUGAAUAUGUGUAAAACGGUGGUGCAUCCUGUGUCGAAUACUGCUUGCCAGUAAAUAACUAUGCUCCCACAAUGUUGCACAGUGCGAAUGGUUCUUCCAAUAGAGCGAAACGAUUGGAAUGUGUGCAGUUGGUGAAAGUGGCCGGUUAAUGUGAAAACCUUUGAUGACGUACGACCGACCGACCGACCGACCGACCGUGCUCCGAUUGAAUUGUGAUAAUUGGUGCAAAGUGUAGAAGAAAGAUUGGGUGGAGAAAAUCGGCAAGGCAGCCGAUCAGUGCUCUUUACACGCCAAAGUGACGGAAAUUACUAACAGCAUGGCACACACGAAAAGGAUGUGGAAUAGCAGAAUAUCGUUCUUGUUGGGUUUCCUGUGUUUCUGGAUAAGAUAUGAACUGACAGCCGCAUUCGAUUCUCAUCUCCGGGGACCAUCGUUCGUGAUGGAGCCACCGUCGCGGCUCGAGUUUUCCAACUCCUCCGGCGGCUGGCUGGACUGUUCGGCCUCCGGAAGUCCUCAGCCGUCGAUCGACUGGCUGUCGGUGGACGGGACGUCCGUCGGCGAUGUCGGCGGUGUCCGGCGUGUCCUGCGCAACGGAACGCUGGUGCUGCUCCCGUUUCCUGCUGCCGCCUACCGGCAAGACAUCCACAGUACAAUCUAUCGAUGCGUAGCGUCGAACACUGUCGGGCGGGUCAUCUCACGGGAUGUACAGGUCCGGGCAGUCGUGGCUCAAGCGUACAAAGUCGACGUUGAAGUGCUGGCAGCUUCCCGCGGCUGUACCGCGAUCCUGCGUUGUGUAGUGCCUAAUUUUGUUAAGGAGUUAGUACGGGUCGUUUCCUGGGUGCAGGAGCCGGCGUUCUACAUCUAUCCCUCGCUGCAAGGAGAUGGCAAGUACCACCUGCUACCGACGGGGGAGCUGCUGAUACACAAUCUAGAGUAUAACGAUCGAUACCCAUCCUACCGGUGCCGGACGAUGCACAAGCUAACGAGGCAGGUCGUCACAAGCAAUUCGGCCAAAAUACGCAUGAACGAACAACGAGGAAUAGUUUCGCCGAGUGUCGUCGAGCAUACGUCGCAUGUUUCCGUUUCGCAGGACGAAGGAGCCGUGUUGCUGUGCGUCGCCCAAGGUUGUCCAUCGCCCGAAUACCGAUGGUACACCCAUAACGGUCCCGAACCUAUCCCCGUCUCGUCCGGACCUCGGAUACGAUUGCUCGGUCCAGUGCUAGCGAUCGAAGCCGUAACCGCCGAAGAUGGUGGAGUGUACAAAUGUUCCGCUUCGAAUGCAGGCGGUGAAGCGAGUGCCGAUCUGCGACUCACCGUAUCAACACCGAUCCACGUAGAGAUCACUCCGAACGUGCUCAGUGUGCAUAUGGGUGGAACGGCGGAAUUUCGCUGCCUGGUCACCGCCAACGGAAUGUCGGCAGGUCCGCAACACAUCACCUGGUUCAAGGACGGCCGCCAACUGCCCAGUUCCGGCCGGGUCGGGGAUACACUGCAAGUGACCGGUGUAACGCGCGAAGACAAGGGCAUGUAUCAGUGUGUAGUGCGUCGGCAGGGAGGUGAUUCGUUCCAGGCAUCGGCCGAGCUACAGCUGGGAGACGCGCCACCGUCGCUCGUGUACAGCUUCAUCGAACAAACGCUACAGCCCGGUCCAGCCGUUUCGCUGAAAUGUUCCGCGCAGGGAAACCCGACGCCACAAAUCUCCUGGACGCUGGAUGGAUUUCCGCUACCGACAAACGGCAGGUUCAUGAUUGGCCAGUACGUAACCGUGCACGGUGACGUCAUCAGCCACGUCAACAUAAGUCACGUGAUGGUAGAGGACGGUGGCGAGUACUCGUGUGCUGCGGAAAAUCGGGCCGGAAAAACAUCUCACUCGGCCAGACUCAACAUUUACGGAUUACCGUACAUUCGCCUCAUACCGAAGGUGACGGCCGUUGCGGGUCACACCCUGUAUCUGAAGUGCCCGGUCGCGGGCUAUCCGAUCGAGGAAAUCCACUGGGAACGGGGCGGUCGCGAGCUGCCGGAAGAUAUGCGCCAAAAGGUACAGUCGGACGGGACGCUCGAGAUCAAGGAGGUGCAGAAAUCGCUCGACUCCGGUGUCUACACCUGUUGGGCCAGAAACAAACAGGGCCACAGUGCGAGACGUAGCGGCGAAGUGGCAGUCAUAGUCCCGCCCAAGUUGAACCCGUUUCAUUCGUCCAUCCUUUCGCUGAACGUUGGCGAUCGGGCCUCGAUCACGUGUUCCGUCAUCAAGGGCGACAUCCCGCUCACCAUCACCUGGCGCAAGGAUGGUCGCCCGAUCGAUCCUACCCAGCGUAUGUCGGUGACGCAGGUCGACCAGUACAACUCCAUCCUGCUGAUCGAGAAUCUGUCCGCCGACCAUACCGGGAACUAUUCGUGCGUGGUCCGUAACACUGCCGCCGAAACCGAGGGCCAUCAGUCGCUGCUGGUUAAUGUUCCACCCCGUUGGGUAGUCGAGCCGACGGACGUGAGUGUCGAACGGAACCGCCAUAUUAUGCUUCACUGCCAGGCUCAGGGUGUCCCCGUACCGACGAUUCUUUGGAAGAAAGCAACAGGAAGCAAAUCCGGUGACUACGAGGAGGUACGGGAACGACCGUACACGAAGCUGCUUGCCAACGGGUCGUUGCUGCUGCAGCACGUCAAGGAAGACAGGGAGGGAUUUUAUCUCUGUCAGGCAAACAACGGCAUUGGCACCGGCAUCGGGAAAGUGAUUCAGCUUAAGGUCAACUCUUCCCCUUACUUCGCCGGCCAAUCCAAGAUGGUCACCGUGAAGAAGGGUGACACGGCGAUCAUGCAGUGCGAGGUGAAAGGGGACAAACCAAUCAACGUCGUUUGGUUGCGCAAUGGGAAGCACGAACUGAACCCAUCGACGAACUAUCGCGUCUCCAUAAAGCAAGACGCCACACCGGAAGGAAUUUCGGCCGAGGUGCAAAUAUCGAACGUGGAUAGCAGCGACAGUGGCGCAUACUUCUGCCAGGCCAGCAAUCUUUACGGUCGCGAUCAGCAGCUGGUACAGCUGCAGGUACAGGAACCACCGCAACCACCGUCCUCGCUCGAGGCCGCCACCGUCUCGAGCCGAGUGGUGAACCUGAAGUGGCAACCGCGCGGUGGUGACGCGGCGGAAGUGUCCAAGUACAUCGUCGAGUACCGUGAGAUCGAUCGCCAGUGGCAGUACAUCGAGAUAUCCGAUCCGCCCGCCUACUCGACCAUCAUCGAGAACCUCAAACCAGCGACCAACUAUGUGUUCAGAAUUAUCGCCGAAGGGCCAGCCGGCCGCAGCUCACCGAGCCAGGAACUGUUCAUCAAAACGGACCCGCAACGCCCGGCUGGACCACCGCUCAAUCUCGGCGCUAGACCAAUCUCCUCCACCGAAAUACUUAUCAGCUGGAUGCCACCGUCGUACGAGUUGCGGCACGGCGAAAUACAGGGCUACAACAUCGGUUACCGUUCGAUGCACGCAACCACCAACAGCUACAACUUCACCUCCAUCUCGGGCGAUGGUGAGGACGGUACGGGCGAGCUAUUGCUGGGCAAUUUGGCAAAGUACACGCGCUACACGAUAGUUGCGCAAGCAUUCAAUCAGGUUGGACCGGGCCCACUUUCCGAACCGGUCACCGCCCAAACGAUGGAAGAUGUGCCGAGCAAACCGCCAGAGGACAUCCGCUGUAUGGCGCAGAGUUCCACAUCGAUUCAGGUGUCUUGGCAACCGCCACAGGCCCACCAUACGAACGGACUGCUGCAGGGCUACAAAGUGUUCUACGAGUGUGCCACCGAGGAUGCCAUCAGUAGUGGUGAGAUGGAAACGCGUAAGACCACCUCGCUGACGAUCCAUCUGUCAAACUUGCGGAAGUUCUCCAACUAUAGCAUCCAGGUGCUGGCAUACACGCGCAUGGGAGACGGUGUGAUUUCUCCCCCGUCCUUCUGCCACACGGACGAAGAUGCUCCGGAAGCACCGGCAGAUAUCAAGAUCGCAAUCAGCUCACCGUCAUCGCUGUACGUGUCCUGGUUGCCGCCGCGAGAUCCAAACGGCAUCAUAACCAAGUACAACCUCUACAUGCGAGCCGUUAACGGGCGGGAAGAGUUGAACAACGACAAACGGAAUCUGCAGGCGCACCAGCACCAUUUCGAAGCGAAACAACUGCAAAGCCACACCGAGUACCAGUUCUGGGUGUCGGCUUCAACGCGCGUUGGUGAAGGCAAGAGUUCGCGAGUCGUGUCACAGCUCACAUCAAACCGUGUCCCGGCGAAGAUCGUCUCGUUCGGCGGACUUACCAUUCGCCCCUGGAAGUCAUCCGCAUCACUGAACUGUAUGGCCGUCGGACAACCGAGACGCGAAUGGUUCAAGGGUGACACACUGCUACGCCCCGGCACUCAGCACAACAUUCAGCUGCUCGAUUCGGGCGAAAUUAUCGUGACGAUGCUGCAGACAAGUGACACCGGUAACUAUACCUGCCAGGUGGACAACGGUAUCGGCACGGACCGAUUGACCCACAAUCUGCUCGUACAAGUUCCUCCCGGACCGCCGGUACUGUACGUGACCAGUGCAACGUCGAGCAGCAUUCUACUGCACUGGAAGAUCGGUUCGACGGGUAAUGCACCGAUCACGGCAUUCUCGCUCCACUACCGCCGAGUGCACGGGAAUCUCGAGGAAAUGCAACUGUCCCGGCACGCCUCCAGCCACGAUCUUAAGGGACUGUUCUGUGGCAGUACCUAUCAGGUGUACCUGGUGGCACACAACAAGAUCGGUUCGUCCUCCGCCAGCACCACGCUGAACGUAAAAACGCAAGGCCAACCACCGGGCAUACCGCCCGACUCGGUACUGAUAGCACCGAACUCAACGUCCGUGGUGCUGCGACUGAACGGGUGGCCCGACAAUGGCUGUCCGAUCAUGUACUUCGUGCUGCAGUACCGUUCCGUUUCGACCGGGCUGGAUGACGAGUGGCACCUGGUAUCGAAUGCGCUCAAACCUCAGCGACGCUUCACACUGUCCGGACUGUUGCCGUCGACCAUGUACCGGUUAAAGAUGGAGGCACACAACGUAGCCGGUUCGACCAAUGCCGAAUAUACGUUCUGGACGCUCACCAAAGACGGAGACCCACCACCACCAGAACUAGUACAAAGAGGACAUCGUUCUCAAAUUUUUUAUAACAAUAUUCAACUCCUGAUACCGAUCAUCAUCACCAUCACCGCCACCAUCAUUUGCAUUGCGUUUACGGUAGUUUGUUACAAAUAUCGUCAAAGAGGUCGCCAGCGAAAAGACACGAUGGAAAGCCAGCAAACGACCGACGCUCAGCGGGAUCGCUACUAUGCUACGAUUCAUAAGGUAGCGCUGCAAGCUGGUGAUAAAAUACCAGAAACAUCGGAGGAUAUCUCUCCGUACGCUACGUUCCAGCUUUCGGAGGCCAGCACGCUCGCCCAACCACACCACAGCGGACCAGCAAACACACUGCUCCAUUCCUUCAUGUACCAUGAACGCGCCAUGACCGAGGGUUGCGCCUCGCCACCACCAGCAGCGGUACUGAGACUUCACAAUCAAUCACCAUACUACAAUAUUAAUUCGUCCAAGGGCCGCCGGAGACACUCGCGCAAAACGGAACCCGAAAGCGAGGAGUCCGACUCGGACCCCGAUCAGUUAACGUCGAGCCGAACCGAAUCGUCCAACCAGCUGGACGCGAAGAUGAAGCACAGUAAGGAACUGGACGUGGCAGCGGGCGGCCCAGGCGACCACGGCUAUAACCCGAACCACUAUAUGCGUUCUAUUCCAGGUCUCAUAUAUCACGGCACGCAAUCGAGCACAUCGUCCGAUUUAUCGCCGAUGUCCGAACAAAAGUCGUUACCUCGGCGUGGCCGUUCAAGUCAAAGUCAAACGCAUCACAUCUACAUGCCCCGGGGUACGAUGCGAUCGCUGCUGACACCGCUCCAUCUGCCGGACGGCAGUGCACCGGGCGGUGGUCCGCUGUUCCAUCAGGUGCCGAUCGAGGGAGGCACACCCGACCGGAUCGAGCUGUCCGAGGCCGAGUGUGACAUUGACACGAUCAAGAAGCUUAAGCUGGGCAUGCGCUCAUCGCUCUGGUCGCGGCCGAACGCAAGCAACAGCACUGCUGUCGGCGCUACCGGUGGACCGAACGGGAACGGCACCGGCACCGGCAGCAACAACAACAACAACAAUGGCGGCGGCGGUGGCAUCAACAACAACAACAAUAACAACAACGGAAACAGUGGCAUCGUGGGUAGCAUCAUGAGCGGCACCGGUGGCGGCAAUGCGACCGGUCACCCUUCCGAUUACUCGAUCGCAGUAUAAAGCAGUGCUGGCAGGAGUUGAAACCCCCGUUAAAAAUCAAAACGAAGAGACAGAAACCGUUUCUAGGUAGCGCACAAGCGGCACGUCGGGUAGGAGGUAUAGGAGAUAAGGAAUGAGCGGAACUUCUAGCGUGCCAUCAAUGCAUCACCCUUCUUAGUAGCUCAUUAGACAGUGACCUUGUACCACACACACACACACACGCACACUAUUUCCCGGUUGCUACCACCGAUAUACAACCGUGUGCUUGGUGGAGCACUCAAUCAAAACUAGAUAAUGUUUUAUAUACACUAAACGAAAGUUUGCACUACAUAUACACUAACAACAACUCUCAACACAGGUAAGAGAUUGCAAAGGAUGAUCGGGUGCAGCGCUAGUGUAUGCAACGAUCAUCCCUUUCUUAGGCUAGGCUAGUGUCAACUAAAUCUUACCUAACGAACUAACGUAGACGAUUGUAGGGGCGUCACAGUCACAAGGGGCACUACUCACUGUGUAUGUGUGCGUGUGUGUGAGUGUUUUCUUUUUUAAACUGGCAACAAAUGUGUUUUCUGUCUGUUUACAACAACAACAAAAAAACAAAAUCUGAUAACGCGUGUGCCAAUAGUACUUCCUUCGGCUCUUAUUCGUUGCCUUCGUACCUACUGUAUAAGUCCAACAAGCUUUAAACUACGUUAUCGGUGUAGAGACCACUAUUGCUAAUGAUUACUACCCAAUAUAAUUGGCCCGUUAUCUUUCGAGCUCCAGGCAUGUUUGAAAUGACUUUAUGCUUUCCCUUCUUAAUCCCAAUUAUUUGGGGAGCCUUUUAUUUAUACUAGGACACAUCCAAUGAGUACCCAAGCAGAGGAGGUAGUGUCGCAGUGCGGCAAAAUCACACCACACGGCAAUGGCGAAGGGUAAUGAGUACAGUGUAAUACUACAACUACUACUACUACUAACUACAACUACUUCUAGUACUAUUGCAAGGAUUUUGUAAUCUGUGUAUAAAGACUGACUUUUCAUUACACUCUCAACUUUUUAAAAAGAACGCAGCAGCAGUUACGUAGUACGAUUCCUCGGACGUAAAGUAGCAGGCAAGCACGAGCCACAAGUCAUUGGGCUCACAUCAAACGAGCCCAUAUCAUUGGGCCCAACUGUUAUGUUCCUUAGCUGUGUAACGGGCCAGUGCUGUUGGACCAUCCAUCCAGCACGGAUGAUGCCAUUUAGUGCAGGCAGCCGUAGUCAAUCCCUUUGAAUUUGAAACUCCGCUGCAAUUAGACAGGGUGCAUGGACGAUCCGGCAUGCGGAAUCACUUGCAUUACAGCAGUAAAUAUAUGUGUUUUGCCCGCGGGUCCUGUGGGCUGGCAGGGGACGGUUGGCGGUCACGGGACACCGGGGACUAAGGAUUUGUUCGACAGAGCGGGUACCAGCGAGCGCGAGAGGUGUACAACCACAAUCAAAUUUACAAAAUGGCCGACCGCAUCAGGCUUUGCGAUGCGAUGCGAUGAUGCUAGCAGACAUCCUUACGUAGACUAGGACAAAAAAAAACGCAUUACACAAAGACCCAUUCUUGAUCUGAUCUCGUCUUGGUUCUUAACGCGAUGGAGCGAGGGAAACUUUGUGCGUACAGUAGAUGGUAGAUCAACGGCAUAUGUGCAACGGUUUUUUCUUCGCGCUCCUUGCAUUAGCAUAACAUAGACACGAUAACUACUUUAAAAUAUACAUUGCAAACCAAACCACAGUCAGCGAAUACUGUUUUGAAAAACAAAACCCCAAUAGUCACAUUGUGCAGAUAUACCUUACCUGUUGGCGAGUUUUAUAGGUUGUUUUAAAAUAUUUUUUACUAGCGGCUAUUGUGCCAAUGGAUCGAUCGAACUUCCCAGCCCCCCACGCAAGUGGAAUCUGGGGAUAAAUAAUAGUUACAAGUAAACAGUAUUAUUUAGUGCUACGAUUUGCUACUUCAAUUUUUAUAGCAAUACGUUUUUGUAUCCACGCCGUAAGGUGUGCGGUACCUUUCUUUUGCUACCAGAACUCAAUCAGUUGGCACAGACAGACGAGGGUGAUCGUGCUGUCCGGUCUUCCGGAUGUUGGUUUAUUACGUGUGUGAAUUUGAGAGUUUCCUUUUUUUGUACUACUACUAAGUAACCUUGUUAUAUACCUUCGAAAGUCAGGAAUUUAUAUGUCGAUUAGUCGUGGUCAUACAGGAGAUACACUGACAUAGAUUAGUGGGAAGAAGACAAGAAAAAAGCCUAUGUCCAUCCGCAUACGGCGGACAUAAUUCACCACGGAGCUAGUACGAAGAGAAGGCUCAUGCACAAAUAAUUACACCGUUACAUAAGAUAAAGUUAGUUUAAUCCAAUCGUAGCCAAACCAGUGUGUGUGUUUGUGUGAGUGUGAGCGUGGAAACCCGGUAGAUUAACCGUUAGAAGGCCAAACAUCGAACUGUACGAAUUUAUUGAUGAGCAAAACCCAAGCCUAUUCACAGCAAUUCAGUAUGUAGAGGGGAAAUAGGUGAGUGCAAAAACACGCAGUCAGACUCAUAUUUAAAGCGAUAGAACGUAUAUCAUAGCAUCGUCCCCUGCGGCGCAAAUUAUACCAACUUCCAUGACAUGAAUAUUUAAGCAUCAGACAUCACCACAACAACCACACCGGGCGGGAUCUUGGACGGAAAAUUGUAUAUUAAUCCAAUCCAACCAGAGGAAUUAAACUUCACUCUUGUUUGCUCUUCAUUUGUGUUUAUAUUGAGUUGAUCUUAGAAAAGUCUUAAGUAACAAAUUCCUAUCAGGAAGUCCUAUCCCUUAAUAAAUAGCAUAACGCCUUGUAAUCCUCAGACAUCGACUGCCAAAUGUGUGACUAGCUGCACGAGCCCACCUAACGGGUUGAGAUCCGGAGGUGUAAUGGGUCAAAAGAGGUUAAAACGUUGUCGACAACUGUUGUAGGAUAACAUUUUCAGAAUAGUUUGACCAGUUAAUUUAUUUAUUAAGAUUAGUUGGCCUUCAUCCAUGCCUUCAAUCUGAUUCUUUAAAAAUGUUUAAAUGGUUUUCUAAUGCGCAGAAAAUUUUAGCACAAUCACCAAUAAUAACAGAGGAUAAUUCAAACCAUUGGACUAAACAUCGGAACAGCAACCUAAUUUUUUGCAUGAAUCUUAAACUUAUAAUUAUUGGGAAUAUUCUCAUGUUUGUCGGAUGAAGGGAUCGGUGCUGCUACUGGAGACAGCAUCGGUACUAAACAGCUUUUCGAUAGAGAACCGAAUUAUCCGUUCGCUCUUCAACACAUAAAUCAAUUUUAUCAAAUAUGCCACACGCAAAUACUUUAAACGUUUUUUAAUCAAACGAAUACUUAAUCAGCCUCUAGCAGUUGAUGAAUCUCCGCAGAGGUUUUUUGGAGAUAUCGGCUUCCAAAGCAUGUUUCCUGAUGCAACUUACUCGCUAGGGAGCAUGUUCCUCUUCUUCUUCUUUCUUGGCCUAACGACCACGGUCUUUGACGACCAUGACUUCAUGCCUGCCAUGCCUUCAUUGAGGUCAUGCCUGCCAUUUCUGGCUUACUAGACUUAAUGAUACCGCAUAGUUGGAUAGUAAGUCCUCACUAUGGGGGAACGGCCCAGUUGAGAUUUGAACCCAGGUCCUGCCGUGUGAAGACUGGCGCCGCUGUCGCAUCUACGCACCCAGAGCAUGUUCUUUAUGGACAGAUUUUAUCAAGUUUUGAGUAAACUCAGACCAAUGUCCUCUUUUUUAGGGACCAACCCAUAGAGAGUUUUGUUUUAAAUGAAAGUGUUCUAGGCGAGCAGCAAACUCAGAACCACUGCAUACUUCAUCACAAUUUGUUCUGUAACUAUUCGAAUAUGUACAAGUAGUACUUAUUUGAUAAACUAAGUCACUCCAAUGGCAGCCGCUCGGGACUUCGUUGUUUAGGAGGGCCUCGUCGGCGAUAGAAGUCUUCUAUUAACAUAAUUAGAGGGGCCUCAACUGCAUUUCCACUCGGGGCCUCCAAAUACCUUUAUCCACUACUAAGUCACUCUUGGCCCAAAUUGAUCCCAAGGUAAUAUUUAAUCAAUUUUGCAUUUUAUUUUUCCUAGCGCACCCUGUAAAACCACAUUUUGAUUUUAAAUUUAAUUUUGAUUAAAAAAAAAUCGGCAUUAAGAUCCAACCUGCUGCGAAAAACAAAACAAAUGCAAUAACAAGGACAACAACCAAUCACACCAUACAGCAAACCGUUUCGGCAUAUCGUUUUUCGGCCCACAGUGUACAAUUAUGACUAGGAUAGGAUGUGCGAACCAAGCCUGAAAGCUGAUAGUUAAAGGUGAGAGAUGAGAAAAAAAGACAUGAACUACAACAACAAACAAACAAAAAGGUGAUCAAAAUUAAAAGCAAAUUUUUACACAAACACAAUACAAAAACGAAACAAAAAAACCUUAAAGCAGGGGAACCCGUAGUACUUGUAAGCAAACACACGACGAACAAAGUAAAACAAAAAAAGCCAACAAACAAAGCACUAAUGCACACACCGUAAAUACAAAGUCAACUGCCCUACACGAACUGUACGCGGUAAAAGCAAAUCGAACAGAACAACAACUAUUAGCAACAACUUUUAAUUAUAGUUAUGUGAAGUCAAAUGUGGGCCCCACGCUGGUGGAAGAACCGCGCACCGCGGACCCACUGAACGAGUCCAAUUGGCGUUGCGUAUGCAUGAACAUGCGUAAGGUAUAUUGUAGGUAAUAAUAAAUAGAUAUGUAUAAUAACAAAAAACAAACCGUAUAAAUGUGUGAACCGAACACGGAAGUAAAUGGGUCAAAGACGGCAAAAAAGGUUAAACCAUCUCGUUGUGUCUGAUAGAAUGAAUGUUUCUGUUAAAAAACAUGUAAAGAAACAGCUAUGAUUGAUUACAAAACUAAGAGCAAAGAGGAUAUAGAUUUAACUAGAAGGAGGAGGCGUGAACGACGGGCAUUGCUGUCUGGAAGCUGGGCAAGCAUAGAUACAAAACCGAUCAAAUAAUAAUUGAGAUGUACGUUAAACAAUAUAAAAAACCAAAAAAAAGUAGCCAAUAGUGGAGCCAGUACUAAGUAAUUCCAACAGAACCUUCUUCUGUUUUCCCUCAACAGUAAAUAGCAAAACGGGGACGAAAACAAAGCGUGAUGCCCACAAAGUAAAACCUCAAACAAACAAGCAAAAGCAAACCGGACAACCGAAAGGAACUAAUUCCACUAGAUUGUGAGGACAUCAUUCAGCUAACGGACAUUUAGUGUCGUAGUGUAUAAUCAUUGACUACACAAUUCCAAACCCAAAUUCAACUAUUCAAACAAACGAAAAAACAACACUGUCUAACGGUAUCAAACAAAAAGAAGCAAACAAAAAAACAAACAAGUGAAAGAUGUUCCCAUUCUGAGCAAACCAUUCCACCACAAAGGUAUGGAAAUGGAACAUAAGGGUACGGUACCCAGCACGGAUCGUACAGCAAAAUGUGUCACAGCAAAAUAGGAUGCAAAUGUGCGAAUAACAUACAAGCAAAGCAAAGACAGGAAACAAAGAAACUUAAAAGUAACGUGUUAAUAAAAAAAAGACAUUGUUUGUAUUUAA